UAGAAAUACUUCUGUGGUCGCUUCAUGCUACAGAAACAGGGAUAAGCACCGGCGUGAUGGGCCACUUGGCUCCUAUGCAAACUUAACCUUUACCAUGCCCAAGACAAUUGUGGCGGAUCACCGCUGAGUUUUGAUAUACAGAAAACAUAUACCGGAUGGAUUGGUCGCUUCAGAUACUAGCCCGGCUAAUUGGACUGCUCAUCUCGUCCCCAUUUCCUUCGUUAUAAUUUGUAUAUGUUCAUACGAGAAGACGGUAACAGAGAUCUCGGUUUUUGCGACCGCGAUCUAGAUCAUUUUCAGCCCGGAAAAGAUGCCUUCACUCUCUCAUUAAAGAAGAGGCCCCUUCCUUAUGGCGUCGCUUUGUCUUAUUUCACGAUGUUCUUCACAGAAUUAGUAGUCUUUUGUCUUCCGCAGUUAAGUUUGUUACACGAGUUGGCCAGGCUAAGACAGACAUGUAAGAUAGAACUGUACGUGGCGCCUCCUUGGUUUUCUCUUUUGCACUUCGCGGUAACCGGGCUGAAAAUUUCCAUACGUAUAGAUGACAAGCUUCGUCCCGUUACGUGCUCGCCCGGCCGGUUUUUCAGCUCAUAUGAACGGGCCAGUCGGUCUUAAGGUUACCUUGUAAGGAGUAACAUUCAACUCAGAUUAAUUGGUUCAAGGCAUUUAAAUAGAUGACGCCAUCACAUGACCUUUUCCUUCAAAUUUCCAUUCAUCUCGCACAUUUUGUUUUCAUUCCAAGUUGUUACCGACUAUAACCGUUGCCCAAAAUGCUUUUUUUUUGUUUAGUGAUUAAAACUGAAGAUGAUAAGGUUUCAUCUAUGAUGUGAAUGAAAAACUUCGUUCUCUUAUACCAGAUACUGGACUUAACGUGCCUUUAUGGAGUAUUCUGACGAACACUUGAACUUCUUCCGAAUAUGCGACAUUACAGCUAACAUUAUCACAGAGGGGCUUAGGACAGUCUUCAAACAAGAGUGGGAUAAGAGAUACAUGGGCUCUUUGGGAGAAUGGGAGGACACUUUGAAGAAUGGAAAAGACUUUGAGAGACAAGAACCACCAGCAAGUCAAAAGAAAAAUGCGAGGUUGCUAAAUAUCAUGAAAAAUGGUAACCGCAAGGAAUGGGACUGUACAGCGCUUUUUUUUGGAAUUCUUUUCUCCACUAGUAUUGGGACGUCUCUCAGUCCUACAAUACACAGCCACGUGGACGACCUUAGAGUUUUCCGUAAUGAAAUUUUUGCUCAUGUCUCCAAGGGCACUAUCUCUGAAAUCGAUUUCAAAUCUUUGAUUGGAAGAGUAGAAGCAGCGUUUAUGGCGUUAAGUCUUCCUGUCGGGGAUAUCAAAGCAAUUGCCAAUCAGAAGAGCUUCCCUAUAAAGGAAUCGAGGCUUCUUAAGGAUCAACUAGUCAAAGAGCAAGAAGAAGUUAGAGCCUGGCAAGAAAAGUCAACUGCUCUCGAGGAGGAACUUAAAUCCAAUCCCAAGACGUUCCUAGGCAACCUUCCUACGAAACCCUCUCAUGCAAUCCAGCAACGCCUCUGUGAAGUGUCGAUGAUCCUCAAACAAAUGGAAGAACUCAAGAAGAGCAGCGAUGGAGAAAUCACCACAACAUAUCUGUCGGGUAAUCCUGGCUGUGGCAAGAGCCAGAUUGCAAGAAUGGUCGGGGAAGCACUUUACAAACAGGUUUCCCACAGUGAUCUUGUUUUUGUUGCCACUUUAAAUGCCGAGACCCUGGAGUCGUUAUUCAAUUCAUAUGACAGCCUGAGUAGAGCCCUCGGUUGUACCGAAUUUGCUGUUGCUGGAAUAACGACAUCAAAGGAUUCCAUUCAAGAAAAGUUGGAGCAGUUUCAGAGAUUAGUAACUCCGAAAAUGAAAGAGUUUUCGACGUGGCUCCUCAUAAUUGACAAUGUCGUUAACCUCGAAGCUGUUAGACGAUUCUGGCCAACUUGUGGAUGUAAAGAGUACGGCAAUGGGCAAAUCCUUGUUACAACCCAAGACAGUAGCACCAUUCCUGACAAUGGAUCUCGUAGUCACUGCAUCUCUCUUUGCAGAGGCAUGGAUCCUGAUGAUGCUGUAAGUCUUCUUACAAACGUCUCGCAGAUGCCAAAUCAAGCAAACGUGCAAGAUGUUGCCAAAGCCUUAGAUUACCAGCCUCUGGCACUGGCUUGUGCCGCUUGGUACGUUUAUAGUGUGCGUUCCCGUGGAUCAUCUCACUUCAACUGGGUGACAUAUCUGGAUAAAUUAAACCGUGGAAAGGAAGAGACUAUGGGCGAGAUCAAGAAGAAAUCCGACAGUGGCUACACAAAGUCAAUGCCUGUUGCCGUGCGAAUGGCUGUAGAAAGAGAGGUCGUUAAUGAAGACGUUUUAUUUCAUACAUUUUAGUUCCUUUCUAUCAGCGCUCCAGGACCGAUUCCACUGGAAGUUGUCGUCAAAUUCGUGCAAAGCGAAAGCCCGAUUUGGACGAAGAGGAUAUCAUCGGAAAGAUAAUGGAGUCAAGUCUAGUGCAGAUUUCUUGCAAGAAAGACGGUGAACAGACUUUGUGGCUUCACCAAGUUUUGCAUCGGAUUAUAAGAAGCAAUAAGAAAGUCUGUAUCCAACCAGGAAAGGAAAUUGAAGUGAUUUCAGCAGCACUCGGCCCUAUUCAGAGUCUCACAGUGGAUGGUAGGUCGACUUCAAAGAUUUUCAUUGAGCAUUUGAACGCCUUCCUAUCAUAUGUCAUUUCGUUCCAACUCUCCAGCACCGACUUUUAUACUCGUCUCAUCGAAGCUACCCCUCUUGCCGACUUCUUUGAGUGCUUUGUUUCUUGUGCGUCUAUGUGCCUCAAAUAUGGGAAAAUGUCAACCGUAAAGCAGUGCAUACAAAUAGCAGUUCGCGUAAUUGAGGGAAGCGUCAGUGUCAACGAGAAAACAUCGUCUCUUUUACUUUUCUUUUGUGGAAGUGCUCUGAUUGACCUGAGCGAAUAUGUUCGUGCUAUAGAGUACCUCAAGAUGUCACUGGAGAUGAGGCGUCGGAUUUAUGGAAAUAGGCACAAAGCUGUGGCAGAAUGUUUACGUCAUUUAGGGCGUGUGAGCUUUAAUUUCUCGCG